UCUGGGACAACUACUCACUUCCUGUUUGUAUCGGACAUCAGCUGCAGACACAAGCCCGUCUCAGCUCUGAUAGGUACAGCUGCAAGCACAUGAGCAGCCUUGUGGUCAGCAGGAGGCAGAAAUCAGAGAGUGAUGGAGAGCGGAGUCUCAUUGAGGACUCAGCCACCAGUGGGGAUCGUCUCUUGGACCAACAUGCAUCCACACCGGGGUUCGUCUACGUGUUGGCCUUCUUCUCUGCCCUGGGAGGAUUCCUCUUUGGGUACGACACCGGGGUGGUUUCUGGGGCCAUGCUGCUCCUGAAGAAGGAGAUGAACCUGAGCGCCCUCUGGCAGGAGUUGCUGAUUUCCAGUACCGUGGGGGCCGCAGCAGUUUCCGCCCUAUGCGGUGGCUUCCUGAAUGGCUGGCUGGGGCGUAAGGUUUGCAUCCUGAUGUCCAGUUUCAUCUUCACCAUCGGCGGCACCAUCUUGAGCUUUGCCCCAGACAAGGUUGUCCUGCUUGUGGGCAGAAUCACUGUUGGUUUGGGCAUAGGUAUUGCUUCAAUGACAGUACCUGUGUACAUAGCUGAAGUUUCCCCUCCACACCUGAGAGGUCAGCUGGUCACCAUCAACUCCCUCUUCAUCACUGGUGGCCAGUUCAUUGCCAGCGUGGUGGAUGGAGCUUUCAGCUACCUGAGCCAUGAUGGCUGGAGAUACAUGUUGGGUCUGUCCAUUGUUCCAGCAGUGCUGCAGUUCGUCGGCUUCUUCUUCCUCCCGGAGAGCCCUCGAUGGCUUCUCCAAAAGGGCCGGAGCCAGGAGGCUCUUCAAUCUCUGAGUAAGAUAAGAGGAGGCCAGAACGUUGAGGAAGAGUACGACACCAUCAGAACAAGCAUCGAGGAAGAGGAGAAAGAGGCGAAUGGAGGAGGUCUUGUUAUUUUGCGGAUCAUUAGCCACGGUCCUACUCGCAGGGCUCUCUUCGUUGGCUGUGGCCUCCAGAUGUUUCAGCAGCUGUCUGGGAUUAACACUGUCAUGUACUAUAGUGCAACCAUUCUGCAGAUGGGGGGGGUGCGGGACGACAAACAGGCGAUCUGGUUAGCUGCUGCUACGUCUGCUACCAACUUCGUGUUCACACUGCUUGGAGUCUGGCUUGUAGAGCGAGUGGGUCGGCGGAAGCUGACCCUGGGCAGUCUUUUAGGUACUGGUCUGAGUCUCACUGUGCUGGCAGUUGGGUUCUUGCUAUCUGCCCAGAACUCCCCGCCCGUCACCCUGCACCCAGCUGAAGCUCAGAACUCCACCUGCAGACAAUAUGGGUUCUGUGAAUUCUGCAUGUUGGAUCCCAGCUGUGGAUUUUGUUACCGUGAAAAUAGAACCGACGUGUACAACUCCUCCUGCAUCCCUGUCAACCAAGCAUCCACAGAUCAUGCAGCGUGGGGAAGUUGUUCCAACCAGACGGGGGCAAAUGACAGUUCACUAUGGGCUUACAACUACUGUCCCACAUCCUACUCCUGGAUCGUCCUGUUGGGGCUCAUUCUCUACCUUGCGUUCUUUGCACCAGGUAUGGGCCCGAUGCCUUGGACAGUGAACUCUGAGAUCUACCCACUGUGGGCCCGCAGCACCGGGAAUGCCUGUUCAGCUGGGGUCAACUGGAUCUUUAACGUACUGGUGUCUCUGACCUUCCUUCAUGUCGCUCAGUUUCUAACCUAUUAUGGGGCAUUCUUUCUGUACACAGGCCUGGUGGUGCUGGGACUCCUCUUCGUUCAGGGCUGCCUCCCGGAGACCCAGGGCCGGCAGCUGGAAGACAUCGAGAACUUGUUCACCGGUCCACUCUGCUCCUGUGGAGACUCCUCUCACAGCGGCAGUCACCAAGUCCAGUACAUCCGGGUAAAAGGCAGCAACGUCCUCCUCUCUGACAAUGAUGCCUCAGAUGUAGAGUAGACUGUCCUCUCUGGCUUUGGGUGUUCCUGUCUUGGAAAGACUGCUCAUGUGGGGAUGGGAGGAAAGGUAACUUUGCUCUCUGGUGGCUGCAAUCAACACUAAGCCAAAAAAAGGCUUGAACUCCCCAAUGAAUGACCAUAUCUGGUGCUUUUCUUUUCUCUGGAGACAUAAGUUGCAUCUGUUGUUUCUUUCAGAGUUUUUCUGUGGUUUAUUCUCCUCAUUUCCCACUGUUUUUCUCCGUCGUCAUUAAGAGAAAAACUAAAGUGAGGUUCAUAUGAGAUAAUUAUUAUCCCAGGAAAGUUACAGUUCAGACUAUGGGAUUUGGACACAGAGAUUUAAUGCAUUUGUUUGAAUAAAAGCACACAGACCUAUUGAUAAUUCACUUUGAUUCUGAAUGUCCUAAAGCACAGAGCCUGAACAACAAAAAUAUGUAACUGUCCAAAUACUUAAGUCUGGAUUUGUGUUUAAGAAAAUGAAUAUAACAAAAACUGAAAACAUUUAUACUAUUUUCCACCAAAUUUAAGCACAUACACUUUGAGGAAUGAUUUCGAUUUUUUCCAGCAAGUAGCAUUUUCCUUUCUUCAGUCUGUUCAGAGACCAAAUGACCUGGUUGCUGACUCGCCUUUUCCUCAGCCUUUCUUGUGUCAAGACAAUCUAACUUCCAGAUGAAGAACACUUACAUGAAUUCAGUCAGAUAAUUUCGUCUUUUGAAACCACCAGCAUACCAGCAAUGAUGUGUUCUAAUACCAGCCUCAUUAUCUGUAUUUUUAGAUUCAUAAAAUAUAAAUCUUUCUGAAACACUUUAUGUUGUAUUUGUUGAAAUCCUGUUGAAAGUUCUCUAAAAAAAAUGGGGGAAAAGUCCUUGUUCCUCACAGGACUGUGAGAAACACAACCUGUUAUUUCAUUCAGACCAAAUUAGAUGAAUUGCUGGCAUAACUAUAAUCUAUAUGAUUGUAGAAUUAUUUCCAAACUCCUUUAUGUGCCGAUGUAAAGCUUUGCUGGUGUGGCUGAAUCCGGUGAUUGGUGGUUGCUGAUAUUUUAUACACAGUGUGAGAGUUUGCACUUUAUGAACCAAAAAGGUGUGUUUUUAAUUUUUUUUUAGCUAUUUUUGUAUGUCAGAAUAUAAGAAUGAGUUGCCUUAAUCUCGAUUUUCUAGCAAGGUUCGGAAAGCAGCUCGGCACAGUAUGGAGCAGUGGGGUCAGACAAUGCCAUAGCCUAUAUAACUGUGAGUACUGCAUCAAAGUGCUGAGAGCACAAUAAACUUUGCUAAAUGUUUCUGUAAUUUUCAAUCUCUUGUUUCCGCAGCUGAGAUAAUGGUAACGAAGUAGACCUGGACAACACAAUACAGGGAACGCCUUUGUACGCAACGUCCACUUAGCACUUGGAUAUUUAUUAGCAUUUAAUAUUUUUUCUUAUUAUUUUGCUGCAGUCUGUUUUUGUUACAGUGCAAGAUAGAAAUGGCCUUGUCUGUACCACCUGUAAUAUUCCUUUUAAAUGUUUAAUUGAAGUUUCUAAUCUAAUACUGGAUUUCAGCAAACCUCUGUAAAUGUCCGAACUUUGGUGCGUUUAAUGUGUGAAACCACAAAUGGGAACAAAAGAUAUACAGUGUUUAUAACUGCGUAUUUUGUGGUAUUGAUUUAAUGCGUUGCCAUGUUGUUCUGUCUGCUAUAACAACCAAUUUGUAAUGAGAUAACAGUGACAGGACCCAGCUGCCAAUUGUACAUGGUUACCCUCUUCCGUGAUAUUGAUGAGGAAAGAAUAUUUUUGCAGUGUGAAAAUGCACAAGUAUACAUAUGGUGACAAUCAUUUUAAAUGGUGACACUUUCAUUUGGUACAACCGACUCAGUCCACCCACAGGGGAACAGACAUGCUAAGAAUAUCAAUGUUACUGUGUAGGUUUAAAGGCCGCAGGUUCAUUUGAACCUAAAUGCAAAUAGUAGGGGAGUGCAUUUCAUUCUGGUACUGUGUCAUUCUAAUCUUGUUCAUGUUUUCUUGCUGUGUAUGAAAUUAAAUUCCUUGUGUCUUUGA